UGUGAAAGGAGGAGCUCUAGUGGUUGCAGCUAUAGAUUAUGGGACGACCUACUCAGGUUGGGCGUUUUCAUUUAAACACGAAUACGAAAAGGAUCCGACCAAAGUGUUUGCAAAAACAUGGAGCGGAGGCCAGCUCACAUCAUUAAAAGGUCCCACGUGCGUUCUGAUAAGACCUAACGGAAAGACCCUUGAAGCAUUUGGGUACGAGGCGGAAACUCGCUACAGUGAAUUAAGCGAGGACGAUCAACACGAGAAAUGGUACUACUUCCGAAGAUUCAAAAUGUCACUGUGGAAGAAGCCCAUCUAUACUAUAAAGAUACCGCGUUAGAAGACGAGUGUGGUCGAGAGCUGCCAGCGUUGACGGUGUUUUCCCUGUCAAUCAGAUUCAUGAAGGAUGAUUUGUCGAAGAUAUCUGGAAGCCGGGUAGACGGAUUGAAAGAAGAUCACAUUCACUGGGUUUUAACCGUGCCUGCUGUUUGGAAUGAUUCAGCAAAACAGUUCAUGAGAUUAGCUGCUGAGAAGGCUGAAAUCUCUGCUGACAAGCUUUCACUUGCACUUGAACCAGAGGCAGCGUCCGUGUACUGCAGACAUCUUCAUGUACAGAAAGAUGGGGAAUCCAGUCUUUCGACACUUAAAGCGGGGAAGACAUAUUUAGUAUUAGAUGCAGGAGGUGGAACAAUUGACAUAACAAUUCACCAAGUAUGCGCAGGAGGUAACCUCAAAGAGAUCCACAGGGCAAGUGGCGGCGACUGGGGAGGAACGAUGGUUGACGAAGCAUUCAUGGACUUUCUUGGCAUGAUAACAGAUAAAAAAGCUGUACAGAGAUUUAAGGAUGAGAGUAUGGAAGACUACAUCGAACUUCUCCGUGAUUUUGAAAUUAAAAAGAGAGCUUUAGAUAACACCAAGGAAGGCAAAGUUACCAUCAAAAUACCAGUAUCACUCUCCGAUCUUGCGAAAGAUGUAACAGGAAUGUUGCUGCAAGAUACAUUACAAAAACACGUUAUGGAAAACAGGCACGAAAUCAUCUGUGAAGUGACUGGCAAUUGCAACCGUGGGACUACGUUUUCGACAAACACGAUGGUUGGAUUUCUUUUCUUAAUCUUAUCUCUAGAAAAAUGUGUUCUCUGUGAAUGGCCUACAUACUCAGACAACACAACGGAAGUACUGGACAAGCUGCUAACCAACUACCGGAAGGAGAUCCGACCGGGACUGGGUGGAAAACCACUAGUGAUAGAAACUGACUUGAUGAUUCGGAGCAUUGGUCAAAUUUCAGAAAGUAACAUGGACUAUUCCUUCCAAUGCUACUUCCGGCAGCGUUGGACAGACGAAAGACUGAAAUUCAUGAUUCAUAACAUAACGGAGGUAACGUUGAACAACCUCUUCCUGUCGCUCAUCUGGAAGCCCAAUACUCACUUUCUGAAUGGACAGAAGUCACAUCAGCACAAUAUCCCCACACCGAACCUUUUUGUCCGAAUACGAAACGACGGAAGGGUAUAUAUGUCAAGAAGACUGACGGUGAAGGCAGCCUGUCCGAUGCGGCUGGGCCCCUACCCCAUGGACAAGCCCGUGUGCCCUCUCGUGCUCGGCAGCUAUGGCUACACGACGGACGACGUAUUGUACAUGUGGAAAUACGGCAACAACGUCUCCGUCGAGUUGAUGAAAGACGUACAUCUGGCCCAGUUUGACAUCAUUGACGUCACCACGAGUAAUAACACGGAGACUACACCAUUCGGUGAAUUCUCCAUUUUGAAAGUGUACAUCUACUUUGAGCGCCGUAUUGGAUUCUUCAUCCUGCAGAUUUACCUCCCUUGUUCCAUGAUCACGUGCCUCUCCUGGGUCUCGUUCUGGAUAAACAGGGAUGCCGCGCCAGCUCGCGUACUUCUAGGCGUCACCACGAUUCUUGCGACGGCCGGUAUAGGAAUGACGGUGCGGGAGGGCCUGCCGCGUGUCUCGUACGCGACCGCGCUCGAUACGUACCUGAAUGUCUGCAUCGUCUACGAGAUGGCCGCCAUGAUCGAGUACGCUGCCGUCAACUACUUCACCAAGGUGCUGCCGCUAGAGGGCGGCGCGGACAGUGAUGAUGAGGCGGAGGCUGGGCCGCAGGCGGGAACACCCCCGGACACGAAAGAACAGGGCGUCCUGCAUCGAACUGAGAGCCAUGACAACGGUUCUACGGAAAAACCAACGAUCAGCACACAGAGUGCGAAAACGUCCUUCAAACUGCGCACUGUGGAUUCUUGUCGAAAGAAUAGGCGGCGGCGCAGGACCAGGUUCGGAACGAUGCUACUGUAUUGUCUGACCGGAGACCUCAAGUUUAGGUCAGCUCUUAGAGGGAAAGGAAACGCGCAAGCCGGUAAUGCAGUUAGCGACAUCGACGUGUGGUGCAGAUACGUUUUCCCCGGAACGUUUUUGUUCUUUAAUAUCUCUUAUUGGAUUGCUUAUCUGUUCAUAUUUUGAUUAUCUUGCGCCCUUUAUAUAGUUUGCUGACUUAUUAUCAAGACAGCUAUGAUACGAUCUUCAAUAUAGGCCUGUGCGUCUGUGUCGUAUUUUUCCGCUUAACACGGUGUUUUUAUUAAAUCAAAUGCGACUUGAUAACUUCUUUGUUAAUCUACGACAUGUGUACUGAAUGCUUGAGUUUUAUAAGUGUUUUAUAUAUAAGAAAAUAUUCGACCAUAAUAGCGGUGUUUUAUUUCAUCCUAAGACAUUAAUGUCGGGCGUGUCUAAGCGAACAUACAAUUUGCCAAGCGGUAGUUUAAAAUUAUAUCAUUUACUCCGUUAUAUUCAUGACGAACAAAUAUACACAUUUACUUAGGCUUUUGAAAUGUUGUAAUAAAAUCGUAAUUUCAUUGAGCAUAUAAAUCACGACUAAUCCAAAACUGUUUUCGGAUAUAAAGUACGAAUUGUAUACAAUUUAAAUAAAUCGUAGAUAUUAGAGUCAUAAUUAAAUAUAUAGACUGGCUAUCAAAUCGUAGUUAGUCGUAGAUAUUAGAGUCAUAAUUAAAGAUAUAGACUGGUUAUCAAAUCGUAGUUAGUCGUAGAUAUUAGAGUCAUAAUUAAAGAUAUAGACUAGUUUUUAAAUCGUAGUUAGUCGUAGAUAUUAGAGUCAUAAUUAAAGAUAUAGACUAGUUUUUAAAUCGUAGUAAGUAAAAGAAGGAGACUCAACGCGUGGGUUAAUGGGCUUUAUGUACGCUAUAAUAUCUAUUAGCAAUAGAUUUAGCCAUCUUUACUAAUGUGAAUAGCACGAUAUUAAAUUCUGAAUACGAUCAUAAAUAAGUCAAGACGCUGAAAGUAGUAAGUAAAUAGAUACUUAAUAUCAUCCCGUAUUG